GCCAGGUUGGGAAGACAUGUGCCACACUUCCAGAGGCUUCCAGGCCCCAGAUACCUUCCAUGUGGGGGUAAGGUGGGCAAGGAAACCCGGGGGCGCAGUGGCCCAUCCACGGUGGCCACCCGGGCACGCUGGACCGUUUCCCUCCACUUCCGCGCCACGGUCCCCAGAAAGGCCUUGACCCUGGAUGCAAGAAUCGGGCUUUCUGAUUGGCUUAGAUUACAAACGCAGGCAAGCACCGCCAGAGACCCGCACUUCUAUUGGGUUUUACAUGAACAGCAGAGCACGAAAUAAAGAGGGCUUCAGUCAUUGGGCCAUUGUGUGAAUCUCCUUUUGGCUUCUCUGCCGAGUGAAUUAGCGGCUCAGAAUUUUCGUCAUGACUCUCAAAUCUGGGCUCGUCAGUUCGGCCCCGCGUUUCUCGUCUCUAGGCACAGCAUGGGACUUACAGAGUUUAACCAAUCACAUAACAUCAAGAUCAGGUUGCCAGGCAGAUUAUGCUAAUAAGACCCCGCCUUUUAUGCUGCUCCCACUCUGCGGCGGGAAGAACCACCUGGAGGCGGCGGGGGGGUUUGAUUUCCAUCACCCCUAGGGAGAGAGGAUCGGGGACCCGCUGAUCUUCCAGCUCCCCUCACCCAACGUCGUGCAUGCUGCAGAGACCUUUCAAUCCUUCAUGAACACACGUGUGCUGGACAGAUGAGUGUUCUUCAUCCUGUGCUGCUGCAGUAGGUAACUCAGACGUGAAACUGUACAACAGGGAGAAGAUGGAUUCCAAAGAUGAAAGCUCACAUGUGUGGCCGACAUCUGCAGACCAUGAACAGAACACUGCACAGGUACACUUUGUUCCGGAUACUGGAACUGUUGCUCAGAUUGUGUACACCGAUGACCAGGUCCGUCAGCCCCAGCAGGUGGUGUACACAGCAGAUGGUGCCUCCUACACAUCAGUGGACGGUCCAGAGCACACACUGGUGUACAUCCACCCAGUGGAAGCUGCACAGACUUUGUUUACAGAUCCAGGCCAGGUAGCUUAUGUCCAACAGGAUGCUACAGCUCAGCAGGUGCUGCCUUCCAUUGAGAGUGUGGAUGGUUCCGACCCUCUGGAAACUCUGCAGAACCCAAUUGCCAGACUGGAGGCAAAAGAAGAAGAAGAUGAGGAUGAGGAUGAAGAUACAGAAGAAGAAGAGGAAGAAGAUGUUGAAGACACAGACUUGGAUGACUGGGAGCCAGACCCACCCCGGCCUUUUGACCCCCAUGAUUUAUGGUGUGAGGAAUGUAACAAUGCACAUUCUUCCGUGUGCCCGAAGCAUGGCCCCUUGCAUCCGAUUCCCAACCGGCCUGUGCUCACCCGGGCGAGAGCGAGUCUGCCCCUGGUCCUCUAUAUAGACAGGUUCCUAGGAGGAGUAUUCUCUAAGAGACGAAUUCCCAAGCGUACCCAGUUUGGUCCUGUGGAGGGACCUCUGGUCAGGGGGUCGGAGCUGAAAGACUGCUACAUUCAUCUAAAGGUUUCUCUUGAUAAAGGGGACAGAAAAGACAGAGAUUUGCAUGAAGACCUGUGGUUCGAGUUGUCUGAUGAGACCCUUUGUAACUGGAUGAUGUUUGUGCGCCCAGCCCAGAACCACCUAGAGCAGAACCUGGUAGCUUACCAGUAUGGCCACCAUGUGUAUUACACAACAAUAAAGAACGUGGAGCCCAAGCAGGAGCUGAAGGUAUGGUAUGCCGCGUCCUAUGCCGAGUUCGUGAACCAGAAAAUUCACGACAUAUCUGAAGAAGAAAGGAAAGUUCUUCGUGAACAAGAGAAGAAUUGGCCCUGCUAUGAAUGUAAUCGCCGGUUUAUAAGCUCAGAGCAGUUGCAGCAACACCUCAAUUCUCAUGAUGAGAAACUGGAUGUGUUUAGCAGAACAAGAGGCAGAGGAAGGGGACGAGGCAAGAGGCGAUUUGGCCCAGGUCGACGGCCCGGGCGUCCUCCAAAAUUUAUCCGAUUGGAAAUAACCAGCGAAAAUGGGGAAAAGAGUGACGAUGGGACACAGGACUUGCUACAGUUCUCCACAAAGGAACAGUUUGAUGAGGCCGAACCAGCUACUCUGAAUGGACUAGAUCAGCCAGAACAAACCUCCAUCCCAAUCCCUCAGCUGCCCCAGGAAACUCCAUCUUCUCUGGAGCCGGAACCAGAAACUCAUACCUUGCAUCUGCAGCCACAGCAUGAAGAGAGCGUAGUGCCUGCCCAGAGCACUUUGACAGCCGAUGACAUGCGCAGGGCCAAACGCAUCAGAAAUGCAGCUCUUCAGCAUCUGUUUAUUCGAAAGUCCUUCCGGCCUUUUAAGUGUUUGCAGUGUGGGAAGGCCUUCCGGGAAAAGGACAAACUGGACCAACACUUGCGCUUCCAUGGGCGGGAGGGGAACUGCCCGUUGACCUGUGAUCUCUGUAACAAGGGCUUCAUCAGCAGCACCUCCUUGGAGAGCCACAUGAAGCUCCAUUCGGAUCAGAAGACUUACUCUUGCAUUUUUUGCCCAGAAUCCUUUGACCGCCUUGAUUUGUUGAAAGAUCAUGUGGCCAUUCAUAUCAGUGAUGGCUACUUCACCUGUCCAACUUGUAAGAAACGGUUCCCAGAUUUCAUCCAGGUGAAAAAGCACGUGCGCAGCUUCCACUCGGAAAAGAUCUACCAGUGCACUGAGUGCGACAAGGCCUUCUGUCGUCCCGACAAACUGAGACUGCACAUGCUCCGGCAUUCGGACCGCAAAGACUUCCUGUGUUCCACCUGCGGGAAGCAAUUUAAGCGAAAAGACAAACUCCGGGAGCACAUGCAAAGGAUGCAUAACCCUGAGAGGGAGGCCAAGAAAGCUGACCGCAUCAGCCGCUCCAAGACCUUCAAACCACGCAUCACAUCCACAGACUACGACAGCUUCACAUUCAAGUGCCGUUUGUGCAUGAUGGGCUUCCGGCGGCGAGGCAUGCUGGUAAAUCACUUAUCAAAAAGACAUCCAGAUAUGAAGAUAGAAGAGGUGCCUGAGUUAACUCUACCCAUCAUAAAACCCAAUCGUGAUUACUUCUGUCAGUAUUGUGAUAAGGUGUAUAAGAGUGCCAGCAAGCGUAAAGCCCAUAUUCUGAAGAACCAUCCAGGAGCUGAGCUCCCACCAAGCAUUCGGAAACUUCGUCCUGCUGGCCCUGGAGAGCCAGACCCUAUGUUGAGCACCCACACCCAGCUGACGGGCACCAUUGCCACCCCUCCUGUCUGCUGCCCACAUUGUUCCAAGCAGUAUAGUAGUAAGACCAAAAUGGUCCAACACAUUCGAAAGAAACAUCCAGAAUAUGCCCAGCUCCCCAACACCAUCCAUACACCGCUGACAACAGCUGUGAUCAGUGCCACACCAGCUGUCUUGACGACAGAUAGUGCCACUGGAGAGACUGUAGUGACAACAGAUCUGCUAACCCAAGCAAUGACAGAACUGUCCCAAACCUUAACAACAGAUUACCGAACACCACAGGGGGACUACCAAAGGAUUCAGUAUAUCCCUGUGUCUCAGUCUGCAUCUGGUCUCCAGCAACCUCAGCAUAUACAGCUUCAAGUGGUGCAGGUGGCUCCGGCCACUUCCCCCCACCAGUCUCAGCAGUCUACAGUGGAUGUUGGCCAGCUCCAUGAUCCUCAGACAUACACACAGCAUGCCAUCCAGGUGCAGCACAUCCAGGUCACAGAGCCCACUAAUGCAGCCCCAUCGUCAUCCCAGGUAGCUGGGCAACCAUUGAGCCCCUCUGCUCAGCAGGCACAGCAGGGGCUCAGCCCCUCCCAUAUCCAAGGCAGUUCUUCCACACAAGGUCAGGCUCUGCAGCAGCAGCCGCAGCAACAGCAGCAGAACUCCUCCGUACAACACACAUACCUCCCAAAUGCUUGGAAUUCCUUCCGUGGUUAUUCAUCAGAGAUUCAAAUGAUGACACUUCCGCCGGGUCAAUUUGUGAUCACAGACAGUGGUGUGGCAACACCUGUCACUUCUGGCCAGGUGAAAGCAGUAACUCCUGGUCAUUAUGUGCUAUCAGAAAGUCAAGCAGAAUUGGAAGAAAAGCAGACUUCUGCCCUAUCUGGUGCAGUCCAGGUUCAGACCUCUGCACACAGUGAUUCCCUGGACUCCCAGACCUCCAACCAACAGCAGACCACACAGUACAUCAUCACAACUACUACCAAUGGGAACGGGGGCAGUGCAGUGCACAUCACCAAGCCUUAGCGAGCACACUGCAGCUGGAGGCUAGCACUUGCAUCAUGUCUUCUCAGUCAUAGCCUGAAGCUUCUAACACCCAAACCUCUUUUUAAGAGUAUUAUUAUUAUUCACUCAAGAAUUUGGAAACUACAGUUUUGACAGUCAAACAUAUGCCCGGGGUGAUUUUGCAAAGGUCAUCUUUACCAAAUUGACUCAAACCCUUGGGAUUUCUGCCAUGGAAUACAGCUCUUUCAGGGGAAAGUAGAUUUCAAGAUGGAGAAACUUUGCCUUGCUCUUGAGCUGGCUUUUUGUUUGUUUUUAAACACACUGACAAGCCUUACUUUCCCUUUGUGGAAAUAUAAAGUGGCAUAUUAUGUUCAUACCAAAGGUGGAGACAGGAUGUACCACACCCAUGGUCAUUGGACUUUUGAAACCCAAGCCAUGGCAUCAGAGGAGAAGGAGCAUUUCAUGGGCAUGAUUAGGUCAGGACCACUUUAUCCUAUAUAUCUGAGUUUCCAGUAAUUUAACAAAGGCAGCUUAUUGGAUGAAAAAAUUAAAAUGAUGAGUUAAAAGUUUGAUGGUGGUGUUUGAAAGAAGCACUUAUCUAAAUUUUUCUUAUUGCUGAUUCAUUCUCUCUCUCUCUCUCUCUCUCUCUCUCUCUCUCACUGUCUCUCUCUCUCUCCCUCUCUCCUCUCCAUCUCUCCUCUUCCCUUCCCCCUUCUAUAUAGGGUCUUACUAUAAUGCCUGGUACAGACCCAAACUCCUGGGCUCAUGUGAUCCUCUUGCCUUACCUCUCAAGUAGCUGGGACUCCAGUCAUGCACCACCAUGAUGGUUGUUUUUAAACUUUCCGAUAUUUGAAAACUUGUAGGGAAGUGGUAGUACUUUCCAUAGAUGCCAGCCCUCGGCAGAUUUGGCAGACUUUCAUGUACUGAUAGUUCUUAUUUUUAGUAGUCCACAAACAUAAACUCCUUGGAAGAGAAAAGGUUGUGUGAUAUCAGCAGAAUUUAAGCCUCUACAUUAAAGCUUUGCCUCCAAAACUCCUACACAUACAUAUACAGCUAUGUAGAGAGACAGACAGACAGACAGAACUGAAACCUUUUCUGUCUUGCAAGAUCCAUUUGCCAUUCAUUAUUAAAGGCUAAACUCCUUACCAGGCACAUCAGGUAUAUGUCUAACGUUUGUUUUCCUUGUGGUGCUGGGAAUCAAACCCAGGGCCUCUUGCAUGGUAGGCAGAUUCUCCACCACUGAGCUACAACUCCAGCCCCUACAUUAAACCCUUGUUUACAUCAUUCAGUGUAUUUUAGUACUGUCUUAAAAUGAACAUUCUUUAAAAAGUUGGGUAAAAGGUGGCCUUUCUUAUUUCUAAGCAUUUUAAACUUUAAACAUAUUGUAACUCACCCAGAACUUGUAAGAUGACCAACUUCCUGCUUAGGGAAAAAAUUAAAAUAGGGGGAUCAUUUGUAGUACAUUAAAGUAAGGGAUCUGGAUGAAUCUUAACGCUGUUAGUUGGAAGAGGAAAAUCAGUUUUCCAUGAUGACAGUUUGUCUCUGUGUGUUCCUCUCUAGGAGCCUUAGUUGCUAUGAAUCCAGAGGGGAAAAGUGUUUCCCUUCAUUUUACUGUACAUUCCAGUUGUACCUAUAAAGCAUCUUAACAGUCAGUCUGUAUUUUAACAACUUUUUGUGACAUACAUUUUUAGAAUAAUUAUGGUACAAUAAAUUCAUUUCAAAUGAAGUUAACCAAUUUAUUUUAUUUACAUUUUUGAGGAAAACUGGUUCUAUAACUUAAGGACUAUAAUAACUUCUUUAUGGUAAAGAUACCUUUCUGAAAAGUAAACAAUUUGUUUUAAGUAAUUUUAUUAUAUAGAUCCUGCACUUUUGAGACCUCGUUCAUAGACUUAUGCCUGAAGACUUGCUCACUAACAGAACUUGAGAAAAUUACCUCAAAAAUGUGUCGAAACUGAAAAUGGACUCAGUAUUUUUGGCCACAUAGAGGUAACAAUAUUUUCAACAGAUAAUGUUGCUUUGAGUCACAAAAUGCAAGACUCUGGUUCCCAAAGUCCCACAAUGUAAUGACUGUAAAUCUCCCAGGGUCUAGAGUCUUGCUAGGGUGAAGAAUACUAGAUUGUCCCAAAGAUUUUAGUUUUUAUAACUUAAAUUUGGCCAGUUAGAUUCUUUUUCAUUUGAACCAGCAAGGUAUCUCCCUCUUCUCAGGAAUAGCCCAGUGAUUAAAACAAACUAAUCACUGAAGGAAUGUUCGUUUUAUGUCAGUUAUUUUUAAGUUUUAAAAUACACAGAGGAAAACAUUGUUGAAGGACUCCUUUGUCUCUUUCCCUUCUAAGUUUUCUCUCUCUCUCUCUUUCUCUUGUUCUUAUGUGGAAUAAAUAAAUGCUGUAACAUAUAUCAUAAACCAGAGAUGCAGGUGGCAGAAGUCAACACUGUCUUAAGAUCAGGUAUUUUGCGCAUUCGUCUCAAGGUGAUUGAAGAAAUGGCACAGUCUAAUCCCUCUGAAGACCCAAUUUAGGAAACAUGUAUGUAGCCAAUGUUUAUGUGGUGGUCUCUCCUCAGUCACAUUGACACUGUAGACUGCACUCUAUACAGUGUGGAUAUUUUGGAGUGGGUUCCAUAUAGAUUUUUACAAUUUUAUUUUUUAGUUUGUGCCCAGAGAAAUGGACAUUUCAUCAUGUAAGACUCCUCUUUUUCUGGAAAGACUUUCUGUUCGAUGUACUUGACUUAUUUUUUGACCUGGAAUUAUCCUUUAAAAAAAUUUUUUUUAAUG